UUUCAUUCACUCGUAAAAUUGUCAUUGUUUGUCAUUUUCGUAGUGGUCCAAUAGAAAUAUUAUUAUUUAUUUUAUUUAUUGACGCUUUAAUCUCGUAAAUACACAGAAAAAUGAGUUUCGAGACAACAAGCAACGGUAACGAGAAAGAGGAGCGAAAAUACCAUGAUCGAAAUAAAACGGACGAUUUGCAAUUAUCACGAACAGACAUGAAUAUGUUGAUAAUGAAUUAUUUGGUUACAGAGGGAUUUAAAGAGGCAGCAUUAAAAUUUCAACAAGAGGCUGGUCUGCAGGAGCCCACACUGUGCAGUUCCUUGGACGAGAGAAUCAUGAUCCGUGAAGCUGUGCAGACUGGACGCAUCCCAGAUGCCAUUGCCAUGGUCAAUGCACUGCAUCCAGAGCUUUUAGACAAUGACAGAUAUUUAUAUUUCCAUCUUCAGCAACUGCAACUGUUGGAGCUGAUUCGCGCGGGCCGUGCGGAAGAGGCGCUAGCGUUCGCGAGCGCGACGCUGGCGGAGGCGGGCGCGAGCGACUCCACCGCGCUCACCGAGCUCGAGCGCUCGCUGGCGCUGCUCGCCUUCCCCGACCCGCACGCCUCGCCCUUCGCCGACCUGCUGCUGCCAUCGCAUAGCCAGAAGAUUGCAAGUGAGCUCAACGCCGCGAUACUGAAGAUGGAGAACCAAGAGUAUACGAAUCCAAAGCUGUGCAGCCUGCUGCGCAUGAUCCUGUGGUCCCAGAGCGAGCUGGACAAGCACAACGUCAAGUACCCCAAAAUGACGGACCUCGCCAACGCCACUAUAGAGCAGCCCAAGUAAUGGAUAGCACCAUUCACUUGGCUUAUUACCUCCCCAAGGGAGAUUGUGGUGUCACUGUAAAAUAUAUCUUUCAGCUUCGACUUACUUCAACAGGUUGUUUCUGAGUGUUAGAUAUUUGGCAUGAAUGUAGGGUCAAUUAAAUAUCGUAGUAUAUACAUAUAGGUAACUAAUAUUUAUUUAUAGUAUAGUAUGUACAUGAAGUACGCUUGGGGUUUAUAAAGAAACUUCUUAACAUUAAUAGUAGUGUUAUGCAGUGCUUUGCAAUUUAGGGUUGUGGUGUUGUUUCUGUUUAUAGGUUAGCCCGACGUUACUUUGCGGAGAGCGCCCUGCUCCUCGUUCAGUCGUAAAAUGUAUAAAAACUACUCCAUAUUGAAUCAAGUAUUCUUUACAAACUGCCUGUCUGAUAACAUAUUUGCUAAUUUUAACUGAGAUUUGAUGAAGUUGUGUUUAUAAAUCCCAACGUGUAAUAACAUUUUUAACUUUAUGCGAUUAUUGUAUUAGAGCACUUUGUCACAAGAUUGUCUACAACUUUCAGAGUAGUUGAAGGUACACAAUUACACAUCCUAUAUUUCAAAUAACACACUACUUCAGGUUUCCCAUACUCUGUUAACCAACUAAUCAUUUCUAGAAUGGUUUAAAAACAACAAUUUAGCACUACUAUGUAGAGAAUUACUUAUCCAUUCGCUUACUACUUUAUUUUACCUUUAUUACAACCGUAGUAUAAGCCAAUAUAUAACUUUUUCAAUUUAGAUGAACUACAUUUUUGUAACAGCAAUAACCAUUAUUAUAUUUGUUUCCAGGGUACUCUCAUAUCUAUUAAUAAAAUAAAGGGAGUUAGACGCAGCUAUUGUAUGUUUUUAUUUGAAUGAACUAUGUAGAAAAAGGCGAUGUGGCCGGUAGGCUGUAUCAAUGAUAAAUUAUGAAGAAUACAUUCGAAUUAAAGACAUCACAACCUCCCCUAGUUUCAUAGUAAUAAUUACAUUAUAAUAGUUCAAUCCUAGCCGAUCUUCAUGCAGUUUAGUUCGGUAUACAAACUUCAUGACUGAUUGUGUGUUGAUGAGGUGUAAGGCCGUUAUGGGUGAUGUCCCAACGUGCAAUAGGAAAUGUUUGGGAAAUACUAGAUUGUAAGGAGCAAAAUGUAACUUUAUUAAGCUGUAAUCAUAUUGGUGUGAUACAAAUUUCUAUAGUGUCGAUUUAUCGGAAAAUAAUCGAUAUUUAUGUGUAUCAAUAUUGGUGUAUGUAUUGUUUAAAUAUCAACCACUAUUGUUUUUCUUUUAAUCUAUGUUUCUUCUAGGUUGUUAUAUUUUACAGCUUUGUGAAAAUUUGUCCAGAAGAUAAAAUUUUCGACAAAUGUAAAAAAUCUCGUUUAAUGUUAACGGUUUUAUAUUAUGUAACAUUUAGAAAUAAAAAUAUUAAUUAUAUAUG